AUGCCUGAACUAAUCUCUGUCCAAGAGUUCAUCUCUCAGACCCAAGAGGAUCUGAGCUCUCCGACAACCUCGUCCUUCACCAGUCACAUGGGCAGAUGCCGGAGCACUGUUUGUAGCCAAGAGGAGGCCUUGGACUCGGAUCGAACAGUUUUGCAAAAAAUGAGGAAAGCAGUGAAAGCGGAACAUGCAACCGGACAAGAUCUCAUUAGCCAGUUAGAUGCUCAUAUUGCAGCUCAGGAGAGAUAUUCCGGAAACUAUCGCAACAAUCAGGAUGAGAAACUGGCAGAAGCCUUUCUCACUUUUGCUGCAUUCUCACGGGAGCUGCUAAAUGCUGUCAAGAGUUUGUUGCAGAGUUUAUCUCAAAACAUUAAUUUUCCCCUGGAGUCAUUGAUCAAGGGAGAUUUCAAAGGGGACUUUAAGAAGCCUUUUGAGAAAUCUUGGAAAGACUACGAGAGCAAAGUCACGAAGAUUGAAAAAGAAAAGCGAGAGCUGGCAAAACAGUACGGGAUGGUGCGAACUGAGGUUAUGGGUGGUGAGAUUGCUGAGGAGAUGGAAAAGGAGAGAAGGAUGUUCCAGUUAAACAUGUGUGAGUAUCUAAUUAAAGUGAACGAAAUUAAAACCAAGAAAGGGGUUGACUUGCUGCAGAACAACAUCAAUCACUGCAAUGCCCAGUUCACUUUUUUCCAGAUAUGUUUAAAGGCUACAGAGAAGCAUAAAGAGUUUAUCGAGAGUCUUGUCCCUAAGCUUCAUAGUAUGAAGACACAGCAGGAGGAGGAGAAGAAGCAGCUGUCCUCCCUUCGGGAUCAACUCAAAGCAGCACUGCAGCUGGACCUAAAAGAGAAUUCUGUUAGCAAGCCACUGAGAUACAGCAUGCACCAGCUGCAGGGAAAUAAGCAAUACGGCACAGAAAAAUCAGGGAGCCUUUUUAAGAAAAGUGAUGGCUUAAGAAAAGUGUGGCAGAAGAGAAGGUGCACAGUCAGGAAUGGCUAUCUUACCAUCUCACACAGCACGCUAAAUCGGCCUCCAGUGAAGCUGAAUUUACUCACUUGCCAAGUGAAGCCAAAUGUGGAUGACAGAAAAUGUUUUGAUCUUAUUUCACAUAACCGAACAUACCACUUCUUGGCAGAUGAUGACCAAGAAUGCACAGCGUGGAUCUCUGUCCUCAGCAACAGUAAAGAAGAGGCCCUGAAUGUGGCAUUCAAACAGUCACCAGGCCGGGAAGGGAAUAGUAUGGAGGACCUAACUGGAGCAAUCAUUGAGGAAAUAAAGCGCAUGCCAGGAAACAACAUGUGCUGUGACUGCUCAGCAUCAGAUCCAGCAUGGCUCUCCAUUAAUUUGGGAAUUCUGAUCUGUAUCGAAUGUUCUGGGAUUCAUCGGGAGAUGGGAGUCCACCACUCACGUAUUCAGUCACUAGCCUUGGAUAAGUUGUCAACUUCAGAGCUUCUGUUGGCUAAGAAUAUUGGAAAUUCAAGAUUUAAUGACAUAGUAGAAGCCAACCUGCCCAGCUCAUCUCCAAAGCCCACUACUGAUAGUGCUAUGGUUCUUCGGAAGGAUUUCAUUAUUUCCAAGUAUGUUGAUUGGAAAUAUACUGCCCAGAGAGUCACAGGGAGCUCAACAGCUAGGCUCAAGGACCUGCAGGAUGCUGUCACAGGAAAAGAUGUAUUUAUCUUGCUUCAGGCAUAUGCUGAAAAGGUGGAUUUAAGUGAGCGUCUUUUGGAGCCCAGACAGGAACCUGGAGAAACACUCCUUCAUCUGGCAGUUCUCAUUUGUGACCGAACCUCUUUGCAUAUUGUAGACUUUCUGGUGCAUAACAGUGGGAGCCUGUUGAAGCAGACAUCUAAAGGGAACACGCCUCUUCAUUACUGCAGCCUUCAUAAUAAACCGGAAUGUAUUAAACUCCUUCUACGAGCCAAAGCCAACAUUACAAUCACUAAUGAAAUUGGAGAUACGGCCCUUGACAUUGCUAGGAAGAAGAAUUAUGCCAUGUGUGAGGAUCUGCUAUUUCAGGCUCAAAAUGAUCAGUUCAAUAUGCGUGCUCAUGUGGAAUAUGAGUGGCGGCUAGGCCAAGAGGACAUGUUUGAAAGUGAUGAUGAUCUGGAUGAAAAGCUCAGUCCUGUAAACAAAGAUCGUAUUCUUCGACCUCAAAGCUGCUAUAACCCACUGGGAACAGCCUCUCAGCUGUGGAGAAACACGGCUGAAUUUUCAAAGGGAGCAAGUCCAGCAUCCCAGGAGAAAUGCAAUGACAUGUAUGCUGUCCCGCAUGCUGCUUCCUUUAGCCAUGUUGCAAAAGCACUCUCCCCUGUCUCUGCUUGUACUGGCCCACCUCUGCCACCACGCAAUGUACCCAAAGCACCCAGCUUCCCACCUCCAUUGCCCCCAGUGAGCAGGCCAGCUUUUCCUACAGAUACAGGAGGUAGGAAGAUUCUACCACCACCUCUGACUAUUCGACAUAAACGGACCUCCUCAGAGCCUUCCCCCUCUGCAUUACUGAACAACACCAGUCCUGCCGAAGAUUCUAGAUCAUUCUCACCACCAAUAUGCCGCUCUCCAAAAGAAGCUUCUCCUAAGAGUUUGAGCUCUGAAUCGUCUUCUGAUUUUCCUGAAAGGAUAGAUUCCUGGAAGAAAUCUUCCUUGAAGAAAGUAGGGACCCUUACUGGACCAAACCAACAGAUUAGAAACAGCCACUGGGAUUCUUCUCUUUCACCUGAAUCACCGCAUGAUGUUCCACCACCUCUGCCUAGAAGGGGAAGUUUGAAUAAGGCCUGUCUCCGUCGUGUCAGAGCCCUUUAUGAUUGUUGGGCUGACCAUGAAGAUGAACUAACCUUCCAAGCUGGAGAAAUAAUCAUAGUAGAUGGGCAGGAAGAUUCAAGCUGGUGGUGUGGCUGGAUUGAAGGGCAGCCUCAGAGGAAAGGUGUCUUCCCAGUACCAUUUGUUCAUGAACUGUAUGAAUAGAAGAAGAUCCAUAGAGUUCUUUUCAUGCACAGGACUUUUAUACCAUCAGCACCACUCAUGCCCACAAAUGUUACCAUCUACAGCUAAUAGGAUGGCACGCUGAAUCAGGAGCCAGAUUGGUGCAAGUACAAUGUCAUGGGGUGCAAUCCGCAUCAUCUUCAAGUUAUUGGUAAAAUGUCAGUUAGUUUCAGUAGAAUAGCAUUGUACUCCAAGCGUAUUGUCCAUUGGAAGUAGCCUUCUUCUUACAUAUUAGCAGUGGUGCGGGAGCUGCUUCUUCAUGGUGCUAUCCCUCAGUGUUACAGAAAUGUGUCUGGUUCCAUGUGCAUCUAGAAUUCAGUUGUAAGAAUCUGUUCUAGCUGAUCGUUAGCCUCGCUACUGGUUGAGUAAAGAUUGAGUAACGCCUAUGACACUUCUAAGUUGUGAUACCACAUGGGCCCAUGUGAAUGAGCCAACAAGAUCCAAGUAUUCAUUAUGGAAAGCUGCACCACUUUUGUGCAGUCAUGUCACUCACUUUUCAGUGGGCUGAAGGUCAACCAAUGCAAUGUAUUCAGAAGUAUUUGUGUGGGCUCACUUUUUGUAAUGUACCGUCAUAAGGCCUGAAGGGAUUUGAAGCAACCACCUUUCUGUUCCAAGGCAAGGAUUCUACAUGCAUGAACUUCUCACAGCUUAACCUACAGAAUCCAGAGCACUAUGUGCUAGAGGAAGAGCAGAGGAAUAAAAUCAGGACACACAACAAGAAGGUGCCUGCAGAGCCUCUAGCUUCAGUUGGCACAAACAAGUGAGCCAGUCCCAAUAUAGUAACAAAUCAACCCCUGAAGCAAAACCCAUCCAUUAUACCCGGCCCCCACAACACCAACAGUCAAAUCUAGUUGUCCAGUUUCUGGUACCCAUAAAGAAGCUGCCUGCUGGUCUUGGAUGUGAGGAAAAAAUUGCCCGACCAUUUGGAGGGCCAUUCAGAUAUCAAUAAUAAGCAACAAAAUAUCUUCUUAUUUUUGCAAAUGUAUCCAGCUCCACCAUUCAACCAAUGAGGUUAUUUUCUUCUAUAGAUAAGAGUAUUCUAGAAUAAUUUCAGGUGGGCAGCUGUGUUUGCCUGUAGUAGAAGAGCAAGAGUUGG